CUACUUCCUUCAGUUAGGUGCUUUUUCUCUGACACACUUUGGACUCUUUGGAUCCACUCAGGACUCUGGACUGAGCACGGAUUAGAGAGAGACCAGACGCAGCCCCGCCCACCACCAGCAGGGCGGCGCUGGAGAGUGAACGCUCUAUUGGACGACUGAUUGAUUUUAAACAGGAGCCUGGUCCACAGAUCCACCAGAAACAUCCUCCGUCUGAACCUGGUCCCAUCUGUGAGUCCCUCAGGAGUGACUGGUCUAUGGGACGUCCACAUGAAUUUUCAACAGAGCCAGUGGAGCAGCAGGGUCCAGAGGUCUCCAGUGGUCAGCACCAUCAGACACAGCUGGACUCCAUAUUUAAGCUUCUGGAGGAGGACAUCUUCACUUUUGUCCAGAAGGAGCUGAAGAAGAUCCACAAGGUUCUGAGUACAGAUUACCCAGAGUUCUUAGAGCCAGAGGAGGAUGAAGAGCAGAGGAGCAGCAGUGAGGCUGUUCUGAAGAUCACACUGAACUUCCUGAGGAGGAUGAAGCAGGAGGAACUGGCUGAGUGUCUGAGGAGCAGGAGUUAUUCUGGAGUUUAUCAGCGUAAACUGAAGUCUAACCUGCAGCAGAAGUUUGAGUGUGUGUUUGAGGGCAUCACUAAAGCAGGAAACCCCACCCUUCUGAAUCAGAUCUACACAGAGCUCUACAUCACAGAGGGAGGGUCUUCAGAGGUCAACCAGGAACAUGAGGUCAGACACAUGGAAACAGCCUCCAGGAAACCAUACCCAGCAGAGACACCCAUCACAUGUGAAGACAUGUUUAAAGGCCCAGCUCACACACAUGGACCAAUCAGAACAGUGCUGACAAAGGGAGUGGCUGGCAUCGGGAAAACAGUGCUCACUCAGAAGUUCAGUCUGGACUGGGCUGAAGGCAAAGCCAACCAGGACAUACAGCUGCUGUUCCCGUUCACUUUCAGAGCACUCAAUGUGCUGAAGGAGAGAAGCUUCAGCUUGUUGACACUUGUUCAUCACUUCUUUAGUCAAACACAAACAGAACUCUGCAGCUUUGAAGACCUCCAGGUGCUCUUCAUCUUUGACGGUCUGGACGAGUGCAGACUUCCUCUGGACUUCACCAAGACCAAGGCCCUGACCGACCCCACAGAGUCCACCUCACUGCACGUGCUGCUGGUAAACCUCAUCAGGGGGAGUCUGCUUCCCUCCGCUCGCCUCUGGAUAACCACACGACCUGCGGCGGCCAAUCAGAUCCCUGCUGAGUGCGUCUCCAUGGUGACAGAGGUCAGAGGAUUCACCGACCCACAGAAGGAGCAGUACUUCAGGAAGAGGUUCAGAGAAGAGGCCGACGCAAUCAUCUCCCACAUAAAGACGUCCAGAAGCCUCCACAUCAUGUGCCACAUGCCAAUCUUCUGCUGGAUCGCUGCCACAGUCCUGGAGCAUUUGUUGAACAGCAGAGAGAGAGGAGAGCUGCCCAAGACCCUGACUCAGAUGUACAUCCACUUCCUGGUGGUUCAGGCCAAAGUCAAGAACAUCAAGUAUGAAGGAGGAUCUGAGACAGACCCACACUGGAGUCCAGAGACCAGGAAGAUGGUGGAGUCUCUGGGAAAACUGGCCUUUGAGCAGCUGCAGAAAGGAAACCUGAUCUUCUACGAGUGUGACCUGAGGGAGUGUGGACUGGACGCUGUAGCGGCCUCAGUGUACUCUGGAGUGUUCACACAGGUCUUUAGAGAGGAGCCAGGUCUGUACCAGGACAAGGUCUACUUCUUCAUCCAUCUGAGUGUGCAGGAGUUUCUGGCUGCUCUUCACGUCCAUCAGACCUUCAUCAACACAGGGAUCAACCUGCUGUCAGAGAAAACACAGAGGUGUACAAAGUUCAAUGUGAAAAGAAAACUAAAGCACCUUCACCAGACAGCUGUGGACCAGGCCUUACAGAGUCCAAAUGGACACCUGGACCUGCUCAUCUGCUUCCUCCUGGGUCUGUCACUGUCAACCAAUCAGAGCCUUCUACAAGGUCUGCUGACACAGACAGGAAGUAGCUCCCCAACCAAUCAGAAAACAGCUAAGUACAUCAAGAAGAGGCUGAGUGAGCAUUUGUCUUUGGAGAGGAGCAUCAACCUGCUCCACUGUCUGAAUGAACUGAAUGAUCGUUCUCUGGUGGAGCAGGUCCAACAGUACCUCAGUUUAGGAUGUCUGUCUGAAGGUGGACUGUCUCCUGCUCAGUGCUCAGCUCUGGCCUUCAUCUUACUGUCAUCAGAAGAAGAUCUGGACCAGUUUGAGCUGAAGAAAUACUGUGCUUCAGAGGAGGCUCUCCUGAGGCUGCUGCCUGUGGUCAAGGCCUCCAACAAAGCUCUACUGAGCAGCUGUGACCUGUCAGAGAGAAGCUGUGAAGCUCUGGCCUCAGUCCUCAGCUCCUCCAGUCUCACACACCUGGACCUCAGUCACAACGACCUCCAGGACUCAGGAGUGGAGCUGCUGUGUUCUGGACUGAAGAGCGCCUCCUGCAGACUGGAGACGCUCAGGUUGUCUGGAUGUCUGGUCUCACAGAGGGGCGGGGCUGCUCUGGCCUCAGCUCUGAGCUCCGCCCCCUCCCACCUGAGAGAGUUAGACCUGAGCUACAACCAUCCAGGACCCUCAGCCGAGCUCCUGACCGCUCUACAGGACCAGCGCCCCCUGCUGUGUGUCAGGCUGGAGCCUGCAGGUCUUCACUGGUUAACCGUCUGCCCCUGGAAGAAUUUCUGUGAUCUCACUCUGGAUCCAAACACAGCUCACAGAAAACUCAAACUGUCUGACAACAACAAGAAGGUGACACAUGUGACAGAGGAGCAGCCGUAUCCAGAUCAUCAGGACAGAUUUGACCACUUGGCUCAGAUCCUGUGUUCCACUGGUCUGACUGGUCGCUGUUACUGGGAGGUCCAGUGGAGUGGAGAGGUUUAUAUUUCAGUGUCUUACAGAAGAAUCAGAAGGAAAGGAAAGAGUUAUGAGAGUUUGUUUGGACACAAUGCUCAGUCCUGGAGUCUGGAGUGUUCUGAAGAUGGUUUCUCUGUUCAUCAUAAUAAAAAACUAACCCCCCUCCUUCAGCCCCGCUCCUCCUCUUCUGGGACAGUCGCAGUGUUUGUGGACUGUCCUGCUGGCUCUCUGUCCUUCUACACAGUCUCCUCUGACCAACUGACCCACCUCUACACCUUCAACACCACCUUCACUCACACUCUGAUCCCUGGGUUUUGGCUCUGGACUCAUGGCUCCUCAGUGUCUCUGUGUCGCACAGACUCACCCUCCUCUGUGUAAAUACAACAAAUCUGUACAAAAAUCACUUUGGAAAUGUUGGUUUUAUUUGGACUUGAUUUGAGCAGAGAUUUCUUUUCUGUUAUUUCCUCUCAAAGACAAACUGCAGACAUCAGCCUCACACUCGUGUCUGUACUGAACAAACCACAAACUCAAACUCCACAUGCAGUAAGUACAGUCUGUGUAUGUGCAGAUCCAGAGGCUGAAUAAACUCCAGAGCCUCUGUGUCCGACGUCAUCACAUCUGAACAUCUGCAGCAGCUCCUUCACACAAUGGCACCACCAACAGGAUGAAUGGAGGAGGAUCCUGUUCGUGACGCCAUUCUGACAUUUAACUCAGUUCUAACACGACUUCAGACUGAACACAACAGAACAGCAGGUUUCAGAACAUUCUAAAGGACAAGGGCUUCACAGAGAUGGACAUGAGCACAGGAAGAACUAUUCAAAACUAUAUACUGUGUCUUUUCAAAGGUCAAAAGUCUUGGCACUGAAAUCCAGUUAUUUUAAACCUAAAAUGUCUCUGAUCUGAUUGGUCACUAAACCCCAGCAUCAGGACUCAGAGCUAGUGCAGCCUCUGCAGCUCAGGGACAGAGUCUGGAGGAUCUGGACACAGGUCUGUCCAUAAGAGAGAGAGAGACACCUGUCUGUCUCUCUGCAGGUCCUGGACACACCUGUAUGUGUCUCUGUAGGUCCUGGACACACCUGUAUGUGUCUCUGCAGGUCCUGGACACACCUGUCUGUCUCUCUGCAGGUCCUGGACACACCUGUAUGUGUCUGUGCAGGUCAAGCCUCUGGACACAGGUCUGUCCAUUUACUGGACACAGGGUCAGAUGUGAGUGUAGUACCUUUGUGAACCUGCAGGAGGCAGACUUUUAUUAAACUGUUUAUCUGAGUUAAUAUUAUCUUUGUCUGAUAUGUAAAAUAAAG